CUAGGUACUGCCUCCACUAUAAAUCCGCUGUUGUACUAUUUGCUUGGUCUCUCUCAGAAGAAGGCUGCUUCGUUUAAAGGCCGUGGCCACGAAGUAGCUUUAACAGUUCAAGAAUCAUGGCAGACCAGGCAUUUGUAACGUUGGCCACCAAUGACAACUACGCCAAGGGGGCGAUGGUGCUUGGCAAAUCGCUGCAGGGGCAUAAAACGUCCAGAAAACUGGUGGCGUUGAUUGGACCCCAUGUGUCAGACCCAACCAGGGAAGUGCUUCGGAAUAUCUACGAUGAGGUCCGCCUGGUGGACGUGCUGGACAGCGGGGACACCGCGCACCUGGCAUUGAUGAAGAGGCCGGACCUGGGCGUCACCUUCACCAAGCUCCACUGCUGGACCCUGACACACUACUCCAAAUGUGUUUUCAUGGAUGCCGACACGCUGGUGCUGUCGAACGUGGACGAGCUGUUCGACCGGGAGGAGCUGUCCGCCGCACCGGACCCCGGAUGGCCAGACUGCUUCAAUUCGGGCGUGUUCGUGUUCCGGCCCUCCAACGAAACGUACGAGAAGCUCCUCCAGCGCUGCACAGAGGAUGGCAGCUUUGACGGUGGGGACCAGGGAGUUCUCAACAGCUUUUUCAGCAACUGGGCAACCGCGGACAUAUCCAAACACCUUCCCUUCAUCUACAACCUCAGCAGCAUAGCCAUCUACUCUUAUCUCCCAGCAUUCAAGCAGUAUGGCGGUGAAGCCAAGGUGGUCCACUUCCUGGGCAAGGUGAAGCCUUGGAACUACUCCUACGACCCCAAGACAAAGAGCGUCAAGGGGCACUCCCAGGAACCGUCCAUGGUCCACCCCGACUACCUGCUGAAGUGGUGGGAGAUCUACUCCACCACAGUGGUGCCACUGAUGAAGGAGCACUACGGAAGCCAGCCCUUCCACUCUGGAGUCAGCGAAGUGUUUGCUGAAAUGGUCCAUUAUCUCCCAGUCUUUACUGAGUACAGUAGAAAGGAUGACAUCCACCAUGGUGUGGCCCACGUUCACGUCUCCGUGCCGCCCCCGCCUCCCGACAUCUCCUCAGAGGAGCGCAAGCAGAAGUGGGAGCAGGGCCAGGCGGACUACAUGGGCAUGGACUCCUUCGAUAACAUCCAGAGGAAGCUGGACUCUUUCCUCAACUAGAACGAGGGGGAAGGAGGGGUGGUUCGGGGAAAGCGGAUCUAGGAAGCACUUGCAGUUACACAGAUUUCAUAAGGGUGCGAGCAAACACGCGAACACGGUCAAUACUCUAAGCUUGUUGACUGAGACGGUCAGCUUUUAUUUAAAAAAAAACAAAAACAAAAAAAAAACAAAAAUCAAACAGUUCAAUGCAAUGCGAGCUCAUCUACCCUCCAUUGACCCACGGCAAGACCUUAGUGCGGGUAGUGCUACAAUGGAUAAACUUUCGACUUUGUAGCAAUUCAACACAACUAUGCAGUUCUGUAAAACAUGUCUAGACACGUCUCUCCCUCUCUGUCUCUCUAUCUUUCUCUCUCUCUACAUCUCUUCCUCUGGUAGACUGUGCCACACACACUGUGAAGUAAGCAUUUGCCAACACAGGACAUCAGCAUUACGCAAACCCAGACUAGUAACCCAGAGCUGUAACUGUCACCUACACUGCGGAAAUGACGUUCAAAACCGGUGCGGCUGCAAGGAAACGUGAUCUGUUUUAAGCAUUGGAGAGGUUGCAGGAGGCAUGCCCGGAUCCCUUUUUUAGGAUGCCGAAGGGGAUCGAAGCGCGGUAUGUACAAUGUAGUAUUGUAUUGUAAAGGAUUGCCAGUGUCGUCCCGUUUGUAAAGCUAUAAGGAUUAACAGAGAGCACGCCCCCCCUCCGUCCAGGGUCUGACAAUGUGAACUCCCUUUAACGCCUCUCUGUACAGUAUAUAUUCUGCAUGUUUGUUACCGGCCAGUUUGAAGGAGACCUGUUAUCGCUUUCCGGUUUUAAAUCGAAAUGACUGUAUUUUCCCCAUUUGACCUUUCCGUAUAAAUCUAUAACAGACCCCCCCCCACCCCGCCACCCAUCCAAGAGACAAAGAUGACAGCUGCCUUAGUUUGGUGUACUGUUUACAUCACACCUAGCCUGCUGCUGCUACCACUCCUUUCAAAGCCUUGUUAUGUCCUCUGCCUUUCACCUACGGUAUAGUACACUUGCUCAUAUCCCAGUGCGGAACCUAGUGCCAUUACACUCCACGUUGCGUAGGUCAGAGUCCAACACUACCACCCCCGCCUCCCCCCCGUAACGUUUUGGAGGACUCAGGUGUGGUAUUCUGCUGGUUUUCCUCUAGGUCACCAAGGACAAGGCUGUGCACUCAGCUAGCUCUCAUUUUUCUUUUUUUUGUAGUCCCCUGCCGGACUAACGAAUCUGCUGGAUUACUUAACCUCGACUGUAAUGAUGGCCCUUGUA